AUGCAGAUCCCAGAUGUGCAAGCGUCAGCCACUCAGUCAUUUACUAUAUAUUAUUAUUGUUUGCCCGUAGUCCUACCUAAAAGUAAAACUUGUGGCUACAAGCAUUCGCACCUGCGUUAUUCCACGCGUACAUUGGGACUGGCCGGGCGAGCCGUAGUUUACCUAAAUCAACGAAUAUUUCAGAGUCGAGCCACAUCGACAUCCCUAGUAGCAGUAUCAGUCCGUUUUUUCUUCGAUUCUCGGUCUUCUACUUCUAGUAUCUUCCUGAAAUUCAUUUUCAUUGAGGUGGCAACUUCUUUGAUUUUUUCGAAGCCGUGGGUGUGUGGGUCCGGGUGCUCCCGCCUGUAAUAGGACGCGGCUUUUCCUUCGGCAUUUCAAAUUCGAAAGUAAGACGAAUUAGCAUGUAAUGCGAUGAUGCUUGGCUUGCUACCCCUCUUU